CGCGGAGAGCCGGCGCGGGCGGUAACGGCGGCGGGUCGGUGCGGCCGAGACUUCAUUGCGCCAGCCUGCCGAGCGCCACCGAACUGCAGGAAAAGCUCCUGAAUGGUAUUUUUAAUAUCUCAGGGCUGGCGUUAGGCUGACGUUCUUUGGGCAGAGCUUUGUCACAGCACAAGAGGAAGCCAUGGUGUGCAUUCCUUGUAUCGUCAUUCCUGUUCUCCUCUGGGUCUACAAGAAAUUCCUUGAACCGUACAUCUAUCCCGUCAUCGCACCUUUCAUUAAGCGCGUGUGGCCCAAGAAAGCCGUGGAAGAAACCACAGCCGCAAAACGAGGUCAAGGAGGCAGCGCUGGAAAUCCACGGGCAUCUUUAGCCACGAAAAGAGACCAGGAGGAUGAGCCUGGAAUUUAUAAAUUUGAAAGCAACGGCAUUGCAAAUGGAGUUGGUGCAAAGAAAUCCACAGAAAUUUCUGACAAGAAAGCAGAUUAAAGGAAUUCAUUCCAAAGGAUUCAAUUUCCUCGUCUCCAGUAUGAACUGGUGAUAUUUCUGUCACUUAGAGACUUUUUUAAUUUGCACAUUUUAGCUGAAUAAAAACCCUUAUCACUUACCGGA